CCUGACCCUCGUCCAGUAGCUCCUUGUUGAACAAGAGAAGCCGGAACAAAACUAUCAACAGCAACAGCAAAGUAAGAGGAUAUGAGAGCAUCUAUGCCUAUAGUACUCGAAUACGCAGUUCUUUAUUUCAUUUAAGAAGACAACGUAUGACGCGACACCAAUCGCUCUUGCUCUCGUUGGGCACCUUUCGUUGUCUGCUGUGUGCUUUCGUUGUCCAGCUGCGAGGAGAGCAGCACGAGAGAGGUGACACAGGAUACGCGGGAAAUCGAGCGCUAGAAGAAUCGACGGCACACGCAUCAAACGAUGCCGCGAGAAGAGUACAAGGAGGAGAUGGAGGCCAAGGGUACGACCAAGCAGCCAGUCGGGCCGAUGAAGGAAACGUAUCCGGUGGUCAGGCCGCGUACUCAGAAAUGCAACCCGUUGCGGCUGCGAUAGCACCUGCGGCUGCAGAUAUCGCUGUUGUUGCUGAGUCUGUUGCAGAGACACGGUCGCAGGCCGCUAAGGAAGAAGGUGCUGAGGCAGGAGGUUCGCAGCCAGUGGCUGCUCAACUAGUGGCGACUCAGCCGGUAGCUGCUCAGCCGGCAGCUGCUCAACCAGCGGCGGCACAACCAUCGGCAGCACCGCCAGCAGCUGCUCAACCAGCGGCUGCUCAGCCGGUGGCUGCUCAACCAGUAGCUGCUCAACCAGCGGCUGCUCAACCAGCAAUAGCACAACCAGCAAUAACACAACUAGCGGUUGCUCCACCAGCGGCUGGUCAACCAGCGGCUGGUCAACCAGCGGCUGGUCAACCAGCGGCUGCUCAGCCGGUGGCUGCUCAACCAGUAA